AUGCUGCCAGCGCAGCAGCUGACGCCGAUCAGCCCAUGGCCACCAGACGCCAACCUUCUGGACCGCAUGGACGAUCUGGCGCACAAAGGUCACAGCGGUGUUAACCAGCUCGGCGGCGUGUUUGUAGGAGGCAGACCGCUGCCCGACUCCACGCGGCAGAAGAUCGUCGAGCUGGCGCACUCCGGCGCCCGACCCUGCGACAUCAGCCGCAUCCUGCAGGUCUCCAACGGCUGCGUUUCCAAGAUACUUGGCAGGUACUAUGAGACCGGCUCUAUCAGACCAAGGGCCAUCGGUGGGUCGAAGCCCAGGGUCGCGACUGCGGAGGUCGUGAGCAAGAUCGCUCAGUACAAACGUGAGUGUCCUUCGAUCUUCGCCUGGGAGAUUCGGGAUCGUCUACUCAGUGAAGGCGUAUGCACGUCGGAUAAUAUACCCAGUGUGUCUUCGAUUAACCGAGUUCUUCGCAACCUGGCGGCGCAAAAGGAGAAGUCUAGUAACCAACAGACUAACUCAGAUUGCUCCACUCCUGUAUACGAGCGUCUACGAUUGCUUGGGGCUCCUGGAUCGGCGCCCGCAUGGCCGAGGGCGCCUUGGCCAACGCAGAUCGACACUAGGACUCCACCCUAUCAAUUGCACAGCCUUAGUCCGGGUCCACAGACUAUUAGCUGCGGCUCGGAUAUACCUACGCUGAAGAAAGGUGAAGAAGCUCUAGAAGGCCUAGAGGGCUUGCACUCCGAUGAAACGGGCUCGGGAGACAAUUCAAACGCAGGCUCCAGUGGCGCGGACGACGACGCCGCGCGACUGCGGCUCAAACGAAAGCUGCAACGGAACCGCACUAGCUUCACUAAUGAGCAGAUCGACAGCCUAGAAAGAGAGUUCGAGCGAACCCACUACCCAGAUGUCUUCGCUCGGGAACGACUCGCAGCUAAGAUAGGUCUACCUGAAGCUCGGAUACAAGUGUGGUUCUCGAAUCGUCGCGCGAAGUGGCGGCGCGAGGAGAAGAUCCGGUCACAGCGACGCAGUCCCGAGUGCGCGUUCGCCGCACAGACGCACGCGCCCACGCAUCCGACGCACGCCACACAUCCGACGCAUCCGACGAAUCCCACACAUCCGACGCAUCCCGCGCAUCCGACGCAACCGCCGCACCCGACGUAUCAGCCGCCUCUCAAUGUUGAUACUUACAGCCCCUUCACGCCGAUGGGCUACGGAGGUGGGAUAUCGGAGGCGGCGCUGUGCGAGGGCGGCGAGGCGGAGCUGUGCAAAGGCGGCUUCGGCGGCUACCCGCGCUACGAGCUGGGCUACCGCGCGCCGCACGCCUACGUCAACCACAACUACCAGCACGAGCCCGCCUCGCCCACGCCAGAACUGGGCGGUCUUUUAGGGGCAGGCGUGUCCGUACCUUUAGCCGUGCCUGGGCAUGACGCACAGUACUGGUCGCGCCUGCAGUGA